AUGAAGCAGUUCCACGCACCAUUAGUGCUUUUGUUGGGGUGUGUGCUGCUCAGUGCUGAAGUUAAAGGGUUGAAAUGCACCGCUACCGGAAACACAAACGUUACGGCAAAUGGUCGACCGGCGUAUGCUGGUCAAUUUCCACAUCAUGCCUUGCUGGUGGCACACUUUGGUGAGGACGAAACACGCCAUUGUAGUGGAGCUUUGGUGGACGAACGACACGUUGUAACGGUGGCUCAGUGUGUCCAGGGAAGCAGCUCAGUAGAGGUACAUCUCGGUUCGAACUGUCUGCUGGAUGAAGCCGAUGAGCAGUUUCGGUACGUGUUCAACGCCACAGGAUACACCGUGCGUGAAGGAUACGACACGGAGACGUUCGUGAAUGAUGUGGCCGUCGUGAGAUUCACCGAUGAGGCGGUGCGUUUGCCACCGUGGGUGCGACCGGUACGACUUCCUGAGACCGAAGAAGACCAGUACAUCGGACAGGAGGUGCUUUCGAGCGGGUUUGGUAUGAUGAAUUACGCGACGGAGGUGGCCGCUGAUGCGCUGCAGUACGUACGGUUGGUGGUGCUGGAUUUGGAAGCCUGCCAGGAGGAGUUUAACUUCGUUACGCCUGACAGUGGAAGGUUCUGUGCGCAAGAUGCUGACCAUGAGCGAAACUGUGUCAGUGAUGUUGGCAGCCCGCUGGUACGGAAGGAGGGCAAACUGCAGCAGUACGUUCUGGUUGGUUUGACUAGCUUCGGGCAGAAGUUUGCCUGCAAUUUUGGUAAUCCUGGGGCGCUGCAAGAGUUGCGCGAACAUACUGAGUGGGUGAAGGAAGUGCUGGCUUUGGCGAAGUAA